CCCCACAACCUCCUCAGCCAGUUUUAACACUUUGUGACUAUUAACUCUCACUGCUAAUGGUCGACAGUUAGCCGUCCAGAUUUAUAAAUAGUUGAGAGGCUGUUUGUUUCAUCCGUGUGACACUCGACACCAAAGGAUCUCACAGAUCUGCAUGCGAGCUCAAGCCCUCAUUCUGUCCCCCCAUGGUGGACACUCUCUCUGGGACAACUCCUCUAUUUCUGUCUGGUCACCAGCCCCAAGCCCCGCUGCCCGCCUCUGGUCAGAUGCUCAAAGACCUGACUGUGGACUACAUAGAGGUUUUUGCUUUGGAUUGUUGUCAAUAGGAAGAGUCAGAGGUGCCAGAGAGGGCUUGUGUGAGGUGAGAGGGCAGGAUCAGAUCAGCACGGCCUUUUUGGGGAGCGUUUUACGAUAAGGCCCAUGUUAUGGAUUAUAAAACUGGAAGGAAAAGAAGAAAUUCCAGGAUAUUUUUGGACAGAGGCCAACUAAAAGGCGCCAUGUCUUAGGAGCUACUUGCUGUAGAAGAUCCUGACUGAGGGCCCCAAACUCUGGGUCCUGUAGCUCCAGCAGCAGACAGUGUAUAAUUUUGAGGUCUGGGAUUGCAUGAAUGACUGAACAACUGAGCACAGUGCUCUUUGCUAGCCAUCCUGCAUCAUGACAUCAGUUGAGAAGCGCCGCUCAGGCCGAAAGAGUGGCGGACAUCGAAAGCACAGUGAUGGAGGCUACAGUGACACCUCCAGCGGUGGGUCCUUUCUGGAUGAGACUGACCGUGAGGUCAGCAGUCUGACAGAUCGAGCAUUCAGGAGUCUCUGCAUUGGAGAUGAGGCUGUUUACAAUGACUCAGACCUGGGUUCAUCUUCUCCCUGCAUCCAGAGAGACAGACAGCUGGCCUUUGGCCAGAGUGGCAUGGACAGAGACAGAGAGGACAGGGAGAGGGAGGAACUUAAGAGAGCAGCACAUGAGAGCUUCAGUCUCAGGAUGCAGCAGUACGGACAGGACUGGAUCCAUGGAGGAAUGUAUGGGGCUGAGAUCCAGAGAGAUCCACAGUGGGAGGUUUAUGGGGAAAGGACACAGGGGAGGGUUUCUGCCACAUUCCAGCACUCCUUUGUGGAAACCUCUCAAAAUGAGGCAUCUCUGAGGGAAGAACAGCUGUCCUUCCUCAGCAAUGGAGCCACAGAGUUGAGUUCACAGCAACGCAGAAGCCGCUCCAGAGUUUCCUCUCUGAUCAGAGCUUUUAACUCAGAGGGACAAAGGGAUGGAGCAGGGAUGGAUGGUAAACUCAGAGAGUGGAAUGAUGAACCAAGCUGGGACAAAUCAGCUCUGAUGAGUAUCCAAAGGGAACUUUCUGAGUUCUCUACAUCUUACCAGCAGAACUUUAACAGUGGUCAUUUCCCCCCAGCUGGCCCAUUCUCAUCUCAAGACACCAACUUCUACUCCUCUGAAGUAGCAGCAGUGGCUCACAUGAAUUCUGCAUCUUCCUUUAUGAGAUCUUCCCACAGUAAACACAGCAUGUCCGCGCAGGUCAACUGUAACUCUAACUUCUUUAUUCACAGUGAGUUUAGUCCCUUCAAGGUAUGGAGGGACCAUAACCGGUUUCCCUUUCACAGAGGAGAAGUCUCAGGGUUUAUGCACUGUUCAGAGUUCCCUAAAUGGUAUGAGACACCAAUGUACAGGGAGCUUUCACUGGAGGCCCAACCACAGGCUCCCUAUAGGUUUGAUGAGAGGGGCAUCAGACACCAAAGGAAUAACUUGGCCCCUGCGGUCCCUCCCUCUCUUCCGCGCCCCACCUCAACAUCCACAAUGCUGCAGAGAGCUGCAGCCGUGGAGAAGCGCUGUGAGUCAGAAUUAACAGGACAUUACCCCCACAGGAAGCGGACGCAGAGCUUGGGAUCUAACAGGCUCCAAUCUCAACGGCCAUCAACUGCAUCACCUUCCAGCGACAUGUCUCGACGUGUCCAGGACACCAUCAGCUCCGUCAAAGCCCUCCAGCAAAAACUCAAAAUGAUGACAGAGCAAGGUAUCACAACAGGGAUGGUAGAAAAUCAACAAGGAGUGUUUUGUAGCAAUGAUAAUUUUAUUCCCUUUGGCAACAAUGCAGAAACAGUGGCACCGAAUGUUGUCAGCAAUAACACAAGCACAACUCCCUUCAGCAUCAGCCAGUUGCUCACACCGUUAGUCCAUCCACAACAGGAAGUAGAGACAUCAGAGGUCCGGCAGUAUGCAGCCUCCCCUCAACCUGUAGAACAUGCUCCAGUGCGAGCAGAAAGCAGGGGAGCCACUCCUGAUGUCAGGAUGUCAAACUACAAAUCCAGAGCCACAAGCCUACUCUUCAAUCUCAAAGACAAUAGGAAAAGAGUGAAAAGCACCUACAGUCCUACUAAAUUUAAAGGCUUGGAAACACUGGAGAAGAACAAGCAGCCGUCUAUCCAGGAGCCAAGAGACACUGUAAUAGACAUCCCUGACUUUCCAGAUCCAGACUUUCAGUUUCCCCAGGUGGAGGAAUUCAACAGGGCAAAUGUGGCUUCGCAUCAGUAUGUGAACCAGUAUCAAAGCCCUGGAUUGGCACUUACAGCACCAAAUUCUUAUCCUGCACAUGUAGGCCAAUAUUCAGAAUACCCUUCAAGUGAUUACCAGACAACUCACAUGCAAAGUGAGAUGGUUCAUCAACCUGGGUUCACUGGCUUCAUACCUGAAAAUUAUGCUGGCAAUCAGCUGGCUAAUGGACAGAACCUCCAUGAAGACUUAUCGUCAUUUACUCCCUAUAAGCAAGGCAUGAUCAAUAAUGCAGAGACUCUGGGAGGAGAUGCAUACUGGCUUAAACCGUCUUACACAGUGGCAGAAACACAGCGGCUAAAUGCUGACAACAAUCAACCUAGAGAAUAUUUAAUAAGUAAGGCAAAUGCUGAGCAACAUUUUAAUGAAACAGUGGGAAGGGAAUUCACAAAGGUGGAUAGAUAUCAGCAGCUCAAAGACAACAAACAUGAUUACAGUAAUUUGUCCUCACAGGAUAGGUGGAGACAGACUAACAGCCAAGACACAGAAAAUCUCAGUCUGAAAGCAGCUGUCUCUCCAUGGAAACAAGAGAUAACAGCCUUAGCGGAAAAAGACCAACAUGCACAGGCUUACCAAAGAGCAGCUAUGAUAAAGGAGGAACUAAAUUUACAGAGAGACAAAUACAGAGGGGGAAAUCAGCAAAGUAUAAAUACAGAGCUUGAGAAAAUAGAGUCAAGGGAGAGUUUUGGAGUUGGAACAUCUUCUCAUAAAACAGCUGGGGUGGUCAAUCCCAACAUGUCAAACCAAAUCCCACAAUAUCCUCCAUUUAGUAAUGACGCUACAGACAAUCCAGCAUAUUAUGGACAACAGCAACCUGGAGCUUUUCAGGACAAACAUGUCCUUCAACAGUAUUACGGACUCAAUAAGGAAAAUGAAAUGAAAGAUAAUUAUUUGACACAGAACUAUAACAGAUAUACUGAUCAAGAGUACAGAAAUCAACACAUGUUGUACUCUAAUAAAGACAAAAGUAUGAUCACACAAGAAACAAGCCAGAGAAAACAACAUACGCCGAUUCCAAAGAUGUGUGAAACACAAAGUCUGCAACCAGUAGAAGUUAAACCACUGUUUGAACAUAAUAUGCAGAAAAGUUCAUUAUCCAACCCUGAUAAUACGUCUGGUCCCUCACUGGCAAAUCAGGUAAAAGACAGACAGUCUGCUGAGGUCAUGGCCAGAACUGAACCAGCCAUGGCAGAGCAUAUAAAAGCACAACACGCCCAAGCAGAGCUGGCAAAGGGUCAGCACUGGGCUCAAGUGGAGCAGCCCAAAGCAGAGUCGGCUAGGUUAAUUUUAGCAGGGCAGACUGGCUCAGAGAAAGUCAAACCAGAACAGGCCAAAGAAGAACUAACAGAGCACGAGAGAGUAAACCAGGCCGAAGCAGAACACAUUAAAGAGGAGAAAAUAAAAGAAGAACGGACAGAAAAGUCCACAGAAAAACAACUAGAAUGUGCCAGAGAGGAAGAGACACAGGCAAAGCAAAUCAGAGAACAGAGAGUAACAGAAGAGCAAAGAAACAAUACAGAGGAAAUGGGAGCCAAGCACUUGAAAGAGGAGCAGGGUGAGCAGGUCAAAGCAGAACAAGCUGCAGACAAGAGGCCAAAAGAAGAAAACAUAAAAACUAAACAGGCAAAGACUGAGCAAGCUGGGCAGGCAAGAACAGGGCAAGUUAAAACCGAACAGGCAAGAAGAGAAGGGAUCAAAGCGGAGCAAAUUGAGGAAGAACAGGUUCGUGCAGAACAAGUUGAAAGGGAGAGGAUGGAGGCCGAACAAAUCGGAACAGAAAAGGUUAAAGCAGAACAGGCUGAAGCAGAGCGCAGAAAAGCAGAACAAGCAAAAUUAGAGAAGAUACAAGAGCAACAAACUAAAGCAGAACAGGAGAAAGCUAAGAUACUAGAGGUGGGAAAGGUCAAAGCAAACCACAUUCAGGCCGAGCAUGUUAAACAAGAGAAAGCUGAGAAAGAUUCAAUUCAUGCAGGUCGAGUAAAUGAAGAGCAAAUAUCAGCACUGCUGAGUAAAGCCAAAGAGAGACAGGCAGAGCAAGCAAAGUGGGAACAAACCAAAUUGCAGUUAGCUAAAGGACAGCUAACAAAAACAGAGAACAUGCUGGACAGGGCAGCUAAACCUGCAGCAAAACUCACAAUGACACAACAGGUCAAAAGUGAGCCAGAUAAAGUUGAGAGAGUCAAGACAGAGUUAGCUAAAGCUAAAGCAGAAUUGGCUAAAAUAAAGGAGAAAAUGAAAGGAGAGCAAAAAGACAAAAUCAGAAAUAUAGUUCUCACAAAAGAGAAUGCGAGUAAGACAGAUGUUCCUUCAAAGGUAAAUGCCAAUAAAAAUGAAGCGCACAAAGAUCAAGACCAGGCAAAGCAAAUCCAUCAACAGAGGGAAGAAUCAGUUGUUAGCAGGCAAAGUAUAGAUCAAGCUAACAGAGGGGCUGAUGAUUAUGAGCGUAUUAGAGAGAAAUAUGGUUUUAUUGAUACAACUUCGCCAAAAGGAAACAAAGCAUCAGCUGCAGGAAAUGUUUCGUCAAAUGAUGGCAGUGAAACACCAGCUUUAUCUCUAGAUAAAGUUGAGACAAUGAAUAAUGAAAAAUCAAAAGAUAAAUCUAGUCUUACAAGCAAAUCUGCAAUAACUAACACAGAAAAUAAGGAGGAAGUAGACAACUUUAAAUUCAGUGAAGUGACAGAAAGUCAGUAUGUUUACAGUGAAUCAUUAAAAGAAUUCAAAUUGUCCAGUGGUAAUGAUUUAUCUACCAAUGUAGAUAAAAGAGCAAAUAGUGACCCUGUCACUGACAAACUGAAGGAUGACAGGGUUGAAAAGUUGGAAAAACAUGACCCUCUGAAACACACUGAUGUGACACAGCAAAGGGACUCUGAUUUGCCCAAAUCUAUCUCCCUUGAAAGAAAACCCAAGUCAACUGAGCACAGCGUAGGUCCAGGUAAAGAGCAGCAUUUUACUCCUCCCAAAGCAUUGUCCCAUAAAGAGAGAGCACAGACCAAGCAGGAGAUUCUGACUUCCAAGAUUAAAGCUCAUGCUGAAAAAGAGAUUUCAGCUAUUAAAGAAAAGGGCUUUGCUGUUCGAGAUGGGAUUAUGUCCAAAAAUUCCACCAAGAUGUUAGCAGGUAGUCAGAGCAGUAAUAUCCGACAAAGGCCACCAUCACAGGAAGUGUCUAAAAAGCAUGAAAGCACAAUGUCAAGUAAUAUAACACCAAAGCACCAGACAGAGCCUUCAGGAAUACAGAUGGAACCAGUCAAGUCUGUCAUACCUCCCAGUUCUGCUACAAUACCAGUCAAGUCUGUAGCAACCACAACUCAGUUAGUAGAUCAUCCACAGAAGCAAGUUCCCAAAGAACCAAUGAAGAGCAAUGACAAGGUGCCAAAACCACCCGCAGAAACAAAACAGACAGGAAGUCAUACAAUGAGCUCAGACGAAAUGGCAGGAAAUCAAAAGAAACAGAAUCAAUCUGGAAUUAAGUCGCCAAUACAAAGUAAAGAGAAGGCAACCAAGAACAUGCAAGACAAACAGGAAGCAAAUCAUGUUGAAAACUCUGGAAAGCAGAAAGAGGGACUUAAAGACAAUCCUGCUGUAAACACUGACCAUCUCAACAAAAGGAAAGAGGCUCCAUCACAAGCUACAGCUCUGGACAAAGCUGAAAGCUCCAAACAAAUGUCAACAGAAAAGGGUGCAAGUAAAGAUGACACAGUUCACGAGGAGUCAGCACCUUCACUAAAUCUGGUCUUAAGUCAGAAUGAUACCCCAGUGGAUGAUGACAGCUUGCAAAUCACAGGAAUAAUGGUAACUGUACGAGAAAGAAAGACAUCUGUCAACACUGGUUGGGGGAAUAACAGCACUCAAGAACAAAUGAAUGCAAAAGAGAAGGAGUGCAGUAACUCAGAGCCAGAUAAACAUCAUCCCAGCUCAGGCUUGGAUGUAAGUAAAGUAAAUAUGUCUUCAAGGGAAGCUGGCAUCAUACAGCCAAAGGAUAUGGCUGUGCAGAACACUCAUUCUACAGUGAAGGAAGAUCAAACUGAAGGUGGUGUGAAUGAUCCUCCUGAAAACAUACAAGAAACGUCAACACCAGAGGCAACACAGAACAAUGUGUCUGAAAAUGUCACUGUCAAAAGGACUGAUCUCCAGCAGGGGAGUUUUUCUGUAAAUGCAAGACCCCAAAGGGUAACACAACUCCAAGAGCCACUGGCUGAAAAAGGUGUGCCCCCCACAGUCACUGUACCUGCUAAAAAUAAAGUGUUGGCUGAAACUCAACCCCUUCUCUACAAAGAGGACAUAAUAGAAUGUGAAACGAAAGACUGCUCAAACGAAACACCAAAAGAAAUCCCAGCAAAUGGCAUAAAGACAGAUGAAGUAAAGACCACUACCAAAGAGAAAAACCCACAAACAAGACCAGCAGCAGAAACCAAUGAGAACUUUAUGGCCAAAGUGGUGAACACAGCAAUCAACGACAUGAAUAAUCCAAACAGAGCUGAUGCUAGAACUCUGAUAAAACAUGACAUCCAGCCGUCAGUGAAAGAAGAUAUGUCAACAGUCAUAAAUCCAUCCAAUAGCAGGAACACAAAUGACAAGAGUGCACCCCUAGUGGAAGAAAAGAGAUGUGAUUUAAGACCACCAAAGCCAUUUGAUACACCCAGUCCAUCUACCCAUAUAACUGAGAAUGAAAACACAGAUGAAUCUCCAAAACAUCAGUAUAACGAAACACACAGUGGAGAAAAUGAUCCAGUGGAAGGUGAGGUGCAUAUAGGUGGCAUUGCCAUCAGAGUUGUGCCAGCAGUGACAGAGAAGGAUGACCUGAAGAUGGCGGGAAAACAUCAUGUCACCACUGUCCCUUCUGAUGUAGCUGCAGCAAAUGAACCUAAACAAGUUGCAUCACCUAGUCAUGAAGAAAAGGUGAGCACUUUAAACAAUGAAGACAGAAGCAAAGAUCUCACUUCAUCCAGCUGGGAGAAGGCGAUGAAAGACAGUUUGGAAGACAACUUGGGGGCGCAAGGCAUGUUGUCCAGUGUGAGAAAUCUGUCAGAUUCACUGAAAACCAGCAGUCAACAGAGCAGCAUGAGUGCAACCAGUGAGAACACUCAAGCUGAAAAUAGAAAGCCUGAAAAAGUAACUAAAAGCAGGAAAUCAGUGGAUGAAUCGAAGAUACGACCAAUGGAGGGAGACUACUUUCAAGUGCAAGGGGUAGAAGAAACAAUUGAUGAACCAUCCAAUUGUACAAAUGUAGGUGAUAAGUCAGAUGCUGUUUCAAAGGAAAGGGAACUUCCAGGAUUACUACCAAACAAGGCAGCUAUCAGUAAUGAAUCAUGCACUGUGGGAAAAAAUGAAGUCUUUAUUUUGGAUGAAAGUAUAAGGAAAACACUGGAAUCAGGCUCAGUAGGCGUUCAAGAAGAGAACAUGAAAAGGAAAAACAGGGAAACAGAUGAUAAUCUGGCUUCAAAACAGAGCGAUGGUCCCACUGAGAGACAGAGUAAUAAAAAUGAGAAGACGGAGGCAGGUCAAGCUAUUCUUAUCAGAAAACAUCACACAGAGAACCAUUCCAGUUUAUCAGCAAGGGAAAGACAGAAAGACCGGAAUUUACACCCGACAAGAGAAAAUACAGUUAAAGAAAAAGAUGAAGUUAAACCAAAACCCAAAGAAAGGGUAUCCACAAUACCUGAGAUAUCAGCUAUUGCAGACUAUGCCAGGUUAAAAGUAAUUGUUUCAGAAGAUGAGGCAAACACAAUUCAGGAAUUCCCACCCAACAAAAAGGAGGGAUUCUUUCCACUAAUACAGACUCGUCAUAGCAGACGUCCAGUAUUCACUGUUGACCCACCAGACCUCUCUGUGAAAGAGAAAAGUUUGCCAACUAAGACAGAGGUCAGCUCCAAAGUGAACAAAGAGCCCAAGCCCUUAGUAUUUCCUAUUACAGACAAAGAACACCAGCGGACGGGGAUGUUCAAACUGGGAGACAAAGAAAGACAAGAGAAAAUGCUGUUAGAUGCCAAAGCCAAUGAAGGUGUAUUAGACACUGGGGCAAAACAUGCACAACAUGUCAAAGAAAGACACAAGUCACCAACAAAUCAUCUUAAGACCCAGAGACGUGAAGAGCAAGUGUUUCAAACUGAUACCCACAAAGUUUGUCAGGUAGAACAAAGUAUUCAUCAGCCAAACAAUCCUCCCCUGCAAGCAACAACUUCAUCUUCUGCAGUCAACACGCCAAGAGGCACUUCUGUGACACAACACCUAAAGCCACUUGAUAACUCCAAUCCACAUGAAAAACUCGUGGGGCAAGUGAGUAACACAGAGGAGAGCACAGCAACUAAGAAUGAAGAAACAGGAGUAAAACAGCAGCAUAGAGCAAAGCAGGUGGAGAAAAAACAAGUUUCUAAGAUAGAAGAGGAGAAAAGAGCAGAGGAUCUGAGAGUAAAACAGAUGAUAGAGGAGAGGAGAGCUUCCCUGGCUGAAGAAGAGAGGAGAGCUGCUCAGAGAGAGGAAGAGAGGAGAGCAAAAGAGCGGGAGGCCAUUGCUAUUAAGAUCAAGGAGAGGCGGGAAAAACAGAAAGAAGCAGAAAGAAGAGCAGAGGAAGAAAGAGCUGCUCAAAAAGAAGAGGAGAUGAGAGCAAAGCAAAGAGAACAAGAAAGGAGAAUGAAAGAAACCGAGGAGAAGAAGAGAAUAAAGAUUGAGGAGGAGUGUAGAGCAAAACUGAGAGAGGAAGAGGAGCGGAUAAAAGUGAAUGAAGAAAGGAAGAGGGUGAAACAGCGAGAGCAGGAGAGAGCUGCACAAGAGGAGCAGCAGAGGAAAGCUGCACAAGAGGAGCAGCAGAGGAAAGCUGCACAAGAGGAGCAACAGAGAAGAGCUGCACAAGAGGAGCAACAGAGGAGGGUUGCACAAGAGGAGCAACAGAGAAGAGCUGCACAAGAGGAGCAGAAGAGAGUUGCACAAGAGGAGCAACAGAGAAGAGCUGCACAAGAGGAGCAACAGAGGAAAGCUGCACAAGAGGAGCAACAGAGGAGGGUUGCACAAGAGGAGCAACAGAGGAGGGUUGCACAAGAGGAGCAACAGAGAAGAUCUGCACAAGAGGAGCAGAAGAGAGUUGCACAAGAGGAGCAGCAGAGAAGAGCUGCACAAGAGGAGCAACAGAGGAAAGCUGCACAAGAGGAGCAACAGAGGAGAGCUGCACAAGAGGAGCAGAGGAGAUCUGCGCAAGAGGAGCAGCAGAGUAAAGCUGAACAAGAGGAGCAGCAGAGGAGAGCUGCGCAAGAGGAGCAUCAGAGGAGAGUUGCCCAGGAGGAGGAGCAGAAGAGAGCUGCACAAGAGGAGCAGAAGAGGAGAGCUGCACAAGAGGAGCAACAGAGGAGAGUUGCACAGGAGGAACAACAAAGGAGAGCUGCACAAGAGGAGCAGAAGAGGAGAGCAGCACAAGAGGAACAACAAAGGAGAGCUGCACAAGAGCAGCAGAGGAGAGCUGCACAAGAGGAACAGCAAAGAAUAGCAGCACAGGCAGAGCAACAAAGGAGAGCAGCACAAGAGGAGAAACAGAGGAGAGCUGCUCAAGAGGAGAAGCAACGGAGAGCUCAAGGGGAGCAGCAAAGGAGAGCUGCUAAGGAGGAGAAGCAAAGCAGGGCAGCUCUGACUGAGGAACAAAGGCAAGCUGCUCUGAUUGAGGUGCAAAGGCGUGCUAAACAGAUAGAAGAGAAGAUCCUUGCUGAUGUUGAGGAGAAAAAGAAGCAGAGAGAGGAGGAGAAAGCUGCUCAAAGUUCAGAGAGGGAAAUGAUCAGAAAGAUCCAGGAGCAAAAGAUUGAAGAGCAGAGACAGAGAAAGGAACGGAUAAAAACUCAGAAGGAGGAGGAGGAGAGGAGAGCUGCUGAAAAAGAAAAGACAAUUCUAAAACAGCUAGAAGAAAAACAAGUCAAAGAGGAGAGGAACAUACUCCUAGAGAAGAACAAGGCAGCACUUAAAGCGGAGGAGAAGAGAGUGGCACGAGAACAAAUGUUAGCUCAAAGAGAGGAUGAGAUCAGGGCAAAAAAGAGAGAAGAGGAAAAGUUAGCAAUUCACAGAGAAAAGGAGAAAGCCAUUCAGUUGGAAGAGCAAAAACGAGCAGCACAGGGGACAGAUGCUCUCCAGUACUAUGCCAUCACCUCGACAGAAUCAGAGAGGAAACCCAGAGAGAGACAGCUAUGUUCCCCUUUACCCUCCCAACAAAGACACAAUCCAUCAGGGCCUGGAUCAACUGAAGACUCGGGACCCUACACGAGGACUCAUCGGCCACAUGCCCCAGCAUCUCCAGCUCCAUCUCUGCCCCGCUCCAACACCUCCUCUCCUGCUCUGGGAGUCAAGCCCUCAAUGUUCAGGGUGAAGGAUAACACCUUCAGAGGUUCCUCUUUCACCAAAUCAGUCAAACCACGCUUCCACAAGAACUUUGGAGAGGAUUUCCGGGUUGGUUCACCCAUGGACAGGGGGUCUGAGAGAGGAGAGGAGGAGCAAGAGAUAAUGAGACGCAGCGCUGGAACUCCUGUGUAUCCUGACACAGGGCUGAAUAGACUUGCUGCUAUCAAAGAGUCCUCUACGUUUCAGCCAACAUACUCAUCACAGGAUAACUUGGCCCCUCUCCCGCAGCACAGGCCUUACUCCAGGAGGAGCAUUGUUUUUGAUGAAGAUGACUCCCGCUCUGUCAUCAGCAACAUGUCGGAGGAUGUGGAGAGUUUUGCCACCAGUGCAGCAGACCUGGCAGAUGUACGAGGCGUGUAUGAUUAUGACAGGCCAGAAUCAGCCUGUAGCUUCAGCAGUGAUGUCUCCCGUUCUUUGGGCAAGCCUCCAACUGUUCCUCCAAAAAGUGAGAAAGCCCUGCGCAGAGCUCAGAGGCUGACUACUCGGAGAAUCAGAAAAGAGUUAUCCAAAACUGCUGCAGACAGCCCUGCUGGAGUUGAGAAAUCUCCUCAAGAAGGCUCCAGUAUUCCUUCCUCCUCCACUGAGGUACGCUCCUCUAGCCGCCAAGCUGUGGCUUCCCCCCAUUUUUCCUCACCUGUCUCCCUCGCUCAUGCUCCAACAUUGGGGUCUAGCUUGCCUUCAUCACACACAGAGCACCAAUCUUCUCACAGCUCUUUCUAUGCUUCCCCUCACGCCACUGGCCCUAUCUCACUUGCAGUUGCUUCACCUCAUGCUACUGCUCCUGUUUCCCUCCCUGUUGCCCCGGCUAAUGCUGCUGGCCCUGCUUCCCACGCUGCUGCACCUAAAACAGUUGCUCAUAUUCCCUCUUCUCCCACUCUCCAUCAUGCCAACCACCCAGCUCCAGUGACACAGUACCAUGUAGAGACAAGCUAUCCCCAGGCCUACCCACUGACCCAGCGUAAGGUGCUGCAGGACCUCGGCUCUGGUCAGUAUUUCGUGGUGGACGUGCCAGUUCAAGUGAAAACAAAGACUUUCUUUGACCCAGAGACGGGAAAGUAUGUUCAGCUGAAUGUACGCGAGUCCGGCCAGAGCACCUCCCGACCCCAGCCACAGCAGACGUACCCACAACCUCAGCUCCAACCCCACAUGCAGGUCAAGCUUCAGCAACAAUCCCAGGCAUCUCCAGCUGGCAAGCCCCUUGUUCUUUAUCAAGGCAACCAUGGCUAUCCCCAAGGCUACCAACCUCCUGCUAUCAACUCUGUGCCCCACCACAGGUCAUCAGCCCCAGUGACUCCCCACCAGGACCAACAGCCUGUCAGGGAGAGCCACAUCUACGGAUAUCCAGCACCUGAAACGGGACAGAACUCUGAAGUGCAUCGCUACAGCCCAGAGAAGACUCCAUACAUGGACACAGUUAACGAUAAGGACAAAACAUAUAACAGAGUUUACAACACACAUGGCACAUAUGAGUCGUUCCCAGAGUGUGACACAAACAGCCAGCUUGCAGGAAGCUCCAUUUAUGAAAAUGAAAGCUCAGCCCACUCACGAUAUCAGUCCCGUGAUAUAAUAACCAUGGGUGAACUGGAGGACUUUAUGGAGGUGUCUGACUGGUGAGACUGGUAGCUUUUACUCAAACGGGGUUGAUGUUCUAACACAGACAAGUAGCCAAAUAAAGUGUUUGAUAAAAUAAAGAUACCCAUAAGCACAGUAUGAAUGGAUGAUGAUAUGCAGUAUUUUAAGUGUUUGUAAAUGAGAAUAGUCUCAGAAUGUUUUUGGUUUGUAGUUUUAAAAAGCCCCACUGAGAUGCUGUUAAAUUACUGCUGUUGAUUUUGAAGAUUAACUGUUGAGCUAUUUUUUUGUGUGUGUGUUACGGAGAAGUUCACCAUUCCAUUUGACUUUUGAAUGUGAGAAGCUAAGGUAUGUUUCUUGUGUAUACAGUAUGAUCAGUAUCCCGCUGCCUCCUAAACCUAGAAAUAUGUUAUUAUACAAAUGGCAACAGUGUGUCUGUAGUGUUUAGUAGUUUAGAGAAACACUGGUUUCUACUAUGAACACUGGCAGGCCUGCUUAAGUUUUCAUUCUUUUUUCUUUUUGGAGAAAUCCUUCUUUUGGCAUUUUGUGAUGCAUGAAAUAUUGUUAAACCCACAGCGUCAAUCAAAUAUCUGCAGAUGGUGUAAAGCAUAGUUUGUGUAUUCAACCACUGUGUCAAAGUGAAAACAUGGUGAUGUGAUCAUUGCUGUUUUUAAGGUUUAAUUUCAUACGUAGUCCAUUUUUAAAGUUGGAAGUUUGUGAGAAUGUUUCUGUGUUGCUGUGAUUCAGAAUUGUGUGACAUGGACUUCUUCAGGCAAAAAAACACACUUUGUUCAAUCAGCCAAAUAAUUUCUCACCACGAUGACUGUCUUUAAACAUCACACUGUAAAGGUUAUAAAUAAAUAAAAAAGGAAAUAUAAAAGA